UCUCUUCCUUUGACUUGCAAUUUAGGGAAAAAGUUUCAUCUAAAUGAAAUGCACAAGCCAGGUGAUGUGGUUCUGGGAGGGCUGUUUGAGAUCCACUAUACUUCUGUCUUCUCUGCAUGGACAUUUACAUCUGAGCCACAACAGCCCAUCUGCAAAGGUUUUGAUGCUUUAGGAUUCCGGUAUGCUAUGACCAUGGCCUUUGCUAUUGAUGAGAUCAACAAGAACCCUGCUCUUCUUCCAAACGUGACUCUUGGAUACAGCCUGUAUGAUAACUGUGGUGCUCUUGUUAUUGGAUUCAGUGGUGCCUUAUCUCUGGCCAGUGGUCAGGAGGAGCAGUUCCUGCUUCAGGAGAACUGUUCUGGAACCCCUCCAGUCCUGGGGAUUGUUGGAGACCACUACUCAACUUUUUCUAUUGCCAUCUCCAGUGUCCUAGGUUUAUAUAAAAUGCCAAUUGUGAGUUAUUUUGCCACAUGUUCCUGCCUUAGUAAUCGGCAGCUCUUUCCCACCUUUUUCAGAACAAUCCCAAGCGACGCCUUCCAGGUGCGUGCCAUGAUUCAGAUUCUGAAACACUUUGGCUGGACGUGGGUCGGCCUGCUGGUCACUGAUGAUGAUUACGGACUUCACGUUGCCCAGUCGUUCCAGUCUGACCUGUUUCAGUCUGGUGGAGGCUGUCUGGCAUACCUCGAGGUUUUGCCCUGGGACAGUGACCCAGUUGAACUAAAGAGGAUUGUAAAUUUAUUGAAGAUGUCAACAGCCCAAGUGAUCAUCGUGUUUGCACAUGAGAUUCAUAUGAUUCAACUAAUGGAGGAGGUGGUGAGACAGAAUGUGACAGAUCGGCAGUGGAUUGCUAGUGAAACCUGGACUUUAGCAUCUGUACUGCAGACUCAACAACUUAUGCCAUACCUGAGUGGCACCCUGGGCAUCGCCAUCCGUCGAGGAGAAAUACCAGGGCUCAGGGACUUCCUGUUGCAUACAAGUUAUGACCAAAAUGAUAGCAAUAAAAAUAAUUUGGUGAGGCAGUUUUGGGAAAACACRUUUCGGUGUAAAUUUGAUCCAGCAGAUUUGGUCGAAGCAGACGGAGUCUUAUGCAUGGGAGAUGAAGAUAUUGAGCAGGUGGCUACUGAGUUUUUGGAUGUCUCYAACCUCAGGCCUGAGUACAAUGUUUACAAAGCUGUUUAUUCUCUGGCUUACGCCAUUGAUGCCAUGCUGCAGUGUGAGCCAGAAGGACCUUCUAGUGGCCACAGCUGUGCCACAUUACAAACCCUGAAACCAUGGCAGGUUUUACACUUAAUGCAUGAGAUCAAUUUCACCACAUCAUUUGGAGAUCAGGUGACAUUUGAUGAGAAUGGUGAUGCUCUACCAAUAUAUGAUGUUAUGAACUGGCUGUGGCUUCCUGAUGGAAGAGUUAAAGUUCAGAAUGUGGGUGAGGUAAAGAAGUCAGACUCGGAAGGUGAAGGACUCAUGCUAAAUGAAGACAAAAUCUUCUGGAACACUUUAUCAAAAGAGCCACAUCGUUCUGUUUGCAGUGAACCUUGUCCUCCAGGUACCCGCGUGGCCAGAGAAAAGGGGCGACCUGCAUGCUGUUUUAGUUGUAUCACCUGCUCUGAUGGCAAGAUCAGCAAUAAGACCAACUCCUUCGAGUGCUUCAGUUGUCCAGAGGACUUCUGGUCCRGCCCCCAGCGGGACCWCUGUGUUCCUAAGAAAACUGAGUUCCUGUCCUAUCAGGAGCCUCUGGGUAUCUGUUUGACARYCRCCUCAYURCUGGGAACAUUURUCUGUGCAGUUGUUCUGGGGAUCUUCAUCYAUCAUCGCAGCACACCUAUAGUGAGGGCCAACAACUCAGAACUGAGCUUUCUGCUCCUGAUGUCACUCAAACUGUGCUUCUUGUGUUCGCUGCUGUUCAUUGGACAACCCAAACUGUGGACGUGCCAACUGAGGCAUGCAGUGUUUGGAAUAAGUUUUGUACUUUGUGUCUCAUGCAUCUUAGUGAAAACCAUGGUGGUACUGGCUGUGUUCAAAGCCWCYAAGGCAGGAGGUGGAUCAAGUCUAAAAUGGUUUGGAGCUAUGCAACAAAGAGGAAUGAUUUUAGUUCUUACUUCCAUUCAGGCAAUGAUCUGCACUGGAUGGCUUGUCUUAUCCUCACCAGCUCCACAUAAAAACACCCAAUACCACAAUGACAAGAUAGUUUAUGAGUGCGCGAUUGGUUCUACUCUUGGUUUUGCUAUGUUACUGGGCUACAUUGGUAUGUUAGCUGUUCUUAGCUUUCUUUUAGCAUUUUUGGCRAGGAAUCUUCCCAACAACUUCAAYGAGGCCAAACUCAUCACAUUCAGCAUGUUGAUCUUCUGUGCUGUGUGGGUGGCCUUUGUUCCGGCCUACAUCAACUCCCCAGGAAAAUAUGCAGAUGCAGUGGAGGUGUUUGCCAUCCUAGCCUCCAGUUUUGGUCUCUUGGCGGCGCUGUUUGGACCUAAAUGUUACAUAAUCCUGAUGAGACCGGAAAAGAACACAAAGAAAGCUAUCAUAAGWCGAAGAAUCAAGUCAUAAUCCUGCACUCUAUUUACCUCAGAAGUUCUACUUUGAACCCAGAAG